CGCGCCGCCUUUGGCCACGCCCCCUUUUUACCAUAUAUGGAAUCCCCGCCCUUAACCACGCCCAACUACUGGCAAACCCCGACCCGCGCAUGUGCACCGGAACCGGAAGUCGCUCGUUAUGGGCGCCGCCAUCUUUGUUUUGGGCACGGAUCCAACAUGUCCGAAACCUACGAUUUCCUCUUCAAGUUCCUGGUGAUCGGCAGCGCCGGCACCGGCAAAUCCUGCCUCCUGCACCACUUCAUCGAGAGCAAAUGUACGGGAAAAUUCGGGAAUUUUGGGAAAUUUGCAUAUCCCGGCAGGUCGGUGACGCGCAGUUAUUACCGCGGGGCCGCGGGGGCGCUGCUGGUCUAUGACAUCACCAGCCGUGAGACGUACAACGCGCUGGCGCAGUGGCUGACGGACGCUCGGACCUUGGCCAGCCCCAACAUCGUCAUCAUCCUCUGCGGCAACAAAAAGGACCUGGAGGGCGAGAGGGAGGUGACGUUCCUGGAGGCGUCGAGGUUCGCACAGGAAAAUGGUGAGAAAAAACGGGAA